GUUCAUGUCCCCUGCCAUAACCCAGAGCCAUGUAGAACCGACCCUGUGCUCCGUGGUUGCUGGCGGAGCGAGCUGAGCGCGUGGUUGGACACAUGCGAUGGAGCCGCGCUACUACACAGCGGCCAUUUCCGCCUGUACCAAAAAGAGGUCUUGGUUUGAGGCCUUGAAGCUCUUGGAGGCGAUGCCCCAGCGCCGUGUGCAGGUGAACACCAUCAGCUUCAAUGCCACGAUCAGCGCCACUGAGAAGGCAAAUCAAUGGCCCUGGGCUUUGCACCUGUUUCAACAGAUGCCCCAAAAGCAGGUGCUUCAGGAUACCAGGAGCUUCAAUGCUACCAUUAGCUCCUGCGAGAAGGGCGCGGAAUGGCAAAGAGCUUUGCAUCUCUUUGAGGACGAAAACAGCCGAAGCCGAAACUGGAGAUCUGUCCCACGUGGCUUCGUCCCGAUGUGUUCAGCUUCAAUGCCACCAUCAGCUCUUUGGAAAAGGCCUGGCAGUGGCAACGAGCCUUGCAGCUCUUUCAGGACAUGCCCUCGUACCUCCUCGGUGUGGACGUUUGGAGCUUCAAUGCCACGAUCAGCGCCUGUGAGAAGGGCCAACAAUGGCACUGGGCACUCGAACUGUUCGACUCCCUCUGUCAGACCCCAUCGGUGCAGCCAGACACCAUCACCUUCAACGCCAGCAUCAGUGCAUGUGAGAAGGCCGCGCAGUGGCAACACGCUUUGGGCUUCUUCAUGCUGAUGUCCGGCCAGGCCGCCCCAAACGAGAUCACUUACAACGCGACGAUCAGCGCCCUGGAAAAGGCCGCGCAAUGGCAGAAGGCAUUGCAGGUCUUUAACGCGAUGGAAGCUUCUCCUGGGCUCAUCACCUACCAUGCACUGAUGAGUGCUUGCGAGAAGGCCUCCCAGUGGCAGGUGGCCCUUGAGCUCUUUGCCCGGGCGAGCUGCGCCACUCGGUGGGUGCUGACUGCUAGGAGCUUCAACUCGGUGCUGAGCGCAUGCGAGAAGGCUCGGCAGUGGCUUGUGGCGUUGCAGUUCUUCCACCAGAUGCCCCAAGCCCAGGUCUCCCCGGAUGCCAUCUCCUUGAGCGCUGUGGUGAGUGCCUGUGCGCGACGAGAGGGGGGCACUUGGCGCAGGGCGCUGCAGCUCUUUGAGGAAGCUCUUGCCGGCGCUCGGUGGUGUGGAGAGGUAGAUGCAAUUGCAUGGAGUUCGGCCGUGAGCGCCUGUGCAAAGGGAGGACAUUGGAGACAGGCCCUGGAGUUCUUCCAUCGCAUGGCACAAAGACAGAUUCGUCAGGAUGUGAUUUCUUUUAGUGCCGCCAUCAGCUCGUGUGAGAAGGCCAGUCAGUGGCCUUUUGCCCUGCUACUCUUUCAGCAGAUGCAUCUAGCUGAAAUCGUCCCGAACAACUACAGCUACAGCGCGGCAAUCAUCUCGUGCCAGAAAGGCGAAGCUGCAGCCGGACCUUGCCAGCUUCCAGGCGACCUUGCGCGCCUUGAAGAGGGGAAGCCACUGGCAACAGGCUUCGGUGCUUUUGGAUGCCCACGCCUGGCAGGCGGAGUUCUGCGAAGCCGUUGGAGCGCCGGAGGUUGAGCAGAAGAGA